AUACACACCCCAUGCAUUAUUUUCACUCAUAAUCAUAAUCAACUUUUGUCAAAGAAAAUAAGAAUCUGAAUCCAUCCCCUUUAAUUCACUAUUUUGUCAACUAGUAGUCACUCUAGAUCUCUACUUCCUCUUCACUCCCCCAAGAACAUUUUCAUACUUCUUGCUAGAAACAACUAGUAAGAUAAAAAUGGGAUCAGUUUCCCUAAAAAUUGGGGAUGGAACUGCAAGAUUUAAAAGAGCAACAAUCUGUACAUCAGCUGUUAAUGGAUUGAUGCUUUUUUCAGUUCUUACUACAAAUCUAUUUGCUCUUUAUGCUUUUACUUACAACCCUAAAAAUACUAACACAAAUCAUCAAAACCCAAUUCACCAAGCUCACCAAAACAUAUCUUUAAUCACAGAACAAGUCUCUCUUAUCACAAAAGAGAUUGAAUCUUCACAAAAAAAGCUUGCCCAGAUGGAAAAAGAGCUUCUUGGGUAUGAAACUAUUGAUGUUUCAAAACCCAAUACAGCAAAUGAGCUUAAAAUCUUCUUACAAAGGCAUCCAUUGCCUUUAGGGAAAGAUUCAAAAUCUGGGAUCACAGAAAUGGUAGCUUCUGUGGGCCAUACUUGUAGCAAAUCUAUGGAUAUGUUGUCUCAAUUUAUGAACUAUAAGGUUAAUGGACAAUGCCCAGAUGAUUUGAGUAUUGCCCAGAAGCUGAUUGCUAAAGGAUGUGAGCCAUUACCCAGGAGAAGAUGUUUUGCUAAGACAAUACCUAAGGUAGCAAAUCUUUACCCUUUUCCUAUUUCACUUUGGAAAUCUGUUAGUGAUAAGAUUGUUAGUUGGAGUGGACUUUCUUGUAAGAAUUUUACUUGUUUGAAUAGUAAUAAGAAAUUAGGUAAAGAUUGUGGUGUUGGUUGUUUUGAUUUGGUUAAUGGGUUUGAAAAUCAAAGAUUUGUUAAAGCUAAAGGUAAGAAUGAUUUUUUGAUUAAUGAUGUUUUGGGUAUGGGGGGUGAAGGAAUUAGAAUUGGACUUGAUAUUGCUGGUGGGUCAGGAACCUUUGCUGCUAGAAUGGCUGAAAAGAAUGUAACUGUGAUUACCCAAACCUUGAAUAAUGAAGCACCAUCUAAUGAUUUCAUUGCUGCUAGGGGAUUAUUACCUUUGUUUAUGAGCUUAGAUCAUAGGUUACCUUUCUAUGAUAAUGUGUUUGAUUUGAUUCAUGCUGGAAGUUCAUUGGAUAUUGGUGGAAAACCCGAGAAACUCGAGUUUUUGAUGUUCGAUAUUGAUCGGGUUUUGAGGGCUGGUGGUUUGUUCUGGUUGGACAAUUUCUAUUGUGCUACUGAAGAGAAGAAGAGGGAUCUAACCAGAUUGAUUGAAAAAUUUGGGUAUAAGAAGUUGAAAUGGGUUGUAGGAGAGAAAUCUGGGUCAGGAAAAUCAGAGAUUUAUUUGUCAGCUGUUCUUGAGAAGCCUGUAAGAGCAUGAUUUCCAAGAAUUUCCACUGAAUUUCAGCAUGGUUCACAAAAAUUUUAGUUUUUUUUUCAAGAUAUCUUAUAUUUGUGUCUAAUAAACUUGAAAAGAUGAAAUUUAGUUAUUGUUUCUCAUGUUUAGCAAUGGUCAUAGAAGAGGAUAUAUGUUAUUUGUUAUGCAAUUAGGUUAUAUAUCUUUUGAGGUAUUUCUGUGUUGAAAUGGUUGUAUACUCAGAAACUAGUGAAUUUCAGUCAAUGUAGAUGCUCUUUUUUGCAUCUUUUAGCGUUCGUACGCUCGA